AUGGCUAUAGUGCCGCUGCUUGUCAAUGUGGCCGGCUCUGUACUGGGCGGCCUGGCCACCGCCGUCCUCAUCCCCGCCUUCAAGGAGCACUUCAUCUCCGCUAAACUGUAUGGGGUGGACAUGAACAAGUCCAGCAGAGAGCCGGUCCCAGAGUCUCAAGGAGUAAUCAGCGGGGCAGUGUUUCUUCUUAUCCUUUUUUUCUUCAUUCCUGUUCCCUUCUUGAGCUGUUUCCUUGAAGAACAGUGUAGAGAAUUCCCACACCAUGAGUUUGUUGCUCUUAUUGGCUCAUUACUUGCCAUUUGCUGUAUGAUCUUUCUGGGUUUUGCGGAUGAUGUCUUGAACUUGCGCUGGCGACACAAGUUGCUGCUGCCCACUGCAGCCUCGCUGCCACUUCUCAUGGUCUACUUUAUCACAUUCGGCAAUACUACCAUAGUGGUACCCAAGCCAUUCAGACCUCUUCUGGGGCUUCAUGUGGAUCUUGGGAUUCUUUAUUAUGUUUACAUGGGUAUGCUAGCUGUCUUCUGUACCAAUGCAAUCAACAUUCUGGCAGGAAUCAAUGGUCUUGAAGCUGGCCAAUCUUUAAUCAUAGCUGGCUCUAUCAUUGUUUUUAACAUUGCAGAGCUUAAUGGUGACUGCCAUGACGAUCAUCUCUUUUCACUUUACUUUCUUAUUCCAUUUUUCUUCACCACUCUGGGAUUACUGUACCAUAAUUGGUACCCUUCCAGAGUUUUUGUUGGUGAUACAUUUUGUUAUUUUGCUGGUAUGACCUUUGCUGUUGUUGGCAUCGUUGGACACUUCAGUAAAACUAUGUUGCUUUUCUUUAUUCCGCAAGUCCUUAAUUUCCUCUAUUCUGUGCCUCAGUUACUGCACAUAAUCCCAUGUCCACGUCAUCGGCUUCCAAGGUUUGAUCCUCGCACUGGAAAGCUUACUAUGAGUUAUUCGAAAUUCAAAUCAAAAGAUCUAUCAGCAAUUGGAGCAUUAGUUGUAAAGGUGAUCUAA